AUGAGUCAGUCACCUGUAAACAGUCGUCGUCAGUUCUUCCGCGCACAUUGGCGGCUAUGGCUGCUGCUAGGGUGUGUUCGCACACCCGUACGCUACCCGCUGCUCUAUCGCCUAUACAGUACCGGCAUUAAUACACUCAUCAUUGUGGUCUAUCCAGGCACCAUACUUCUUGCCCUCUGCAAUAGCACCAACUCAAAGGAUUUACUGCAAGCGCUGCCAAUUUGCGCCGGAGCAUUCGCUUGCAGUGCCAAAUACGUAAGCUACCAGCGAAGCCUGCGGUCAGUACGGCAAGUAGAACAACUUUUUAAUGUUUUGGAUGAACGUAUUCAGCUAGCAGAGGAUCGCAAUUAUUUUGCGGCUAUAACGCGAAACACUAAUGUGUUAUUGAACGUAUUCCGCAGCGUGUGCGUGUUUUUCUUCAUAGUUACAAUUAUUUCAUUCAUAUCGUCGAUUGGCGAACGUGGCCUAGCCUUUGCUGUUGCAUUGCCAUUUGAUUGGCGCGCAUCGACGCUGCGUUAUGUUGGUGUAGUUACUUUGGAAUUGUUGUUGCUAACUUGUGACCUAUUGCAGAGUAUGGCGAAUGACUCUUUCCCGGCGAUUGCUUUGUGUGUACUAUCGAGCCAUACGCGUUUGCUGGGCGUGCGUUUAGCUAGAAUUGGCCACAAGAGUAAAGAUGAGUGGGCGAAUGUCUUGGAAUUGCAGCGCUGCAUUGGUGAUCAUCAGCAUUUGCAUAGAUUGCAUGCAACGCUACAAGAAAUCAUAUCCGUGCCGGUAUUUGUGCAAUAUGCAGUGACCGCCUUCCAAGACUGCUUCACUGUGAUAUCUCUUGUAUUCUACGCGCGCAAUGCCUCAGAUAGGCUUUUGUAUUGCAUGUACUUGUUGGCUUUGCAGUUGCAGAUUUUUCCCACCUGCUACUAUGGCACGGUUUGCGCCAAUUCGAUGGACGACUUGCGUCAGCACGCCUAUGCCAGCAAUUGGGUCGAACAGAGUCGGUUAUAUCGACGUUUGAUGUGCAUUUUCGCUGCGCGUAGCAUGAAAAUUACGAUGGCUUACGCAGCUGGUAUCAUUCCAAAACAUUUGGGCGCAUUUCUGGCAACUUUAAAGGCUGCGUAUUCGUUUUAUACAUUUGUGGAGGGUGUAAGGAAGUGA